GAAUCAGUCGUCUGAUGUCAGAUUAACCGCUCGCCAAGACAAAGCCGUGUUCGUGGCUAUCUGCAGGGACAAAAUUUCCUUCGGGACAAGUUACGAACCCGAGGAUCGCGAAAGAUUCGGCCAACAAAACCUAUACAAUGGAGAGAGAAGCCACCAUUGACGAAGCACGACGCGACGACACCAUCCCCAAGAUGAACAUCGCAAAACCUCCCGGUACGGUAAACGCCGCUCCUCGACGCAUUGUUACAGCACCGGUUCACUCGCAGGCCUCCCGGCCCGAUGUAGCGCCCUCAGCUCCACAACCCGGAGGCAUCGAGACACUCUAUAGCCAUCCCUCUGUCAAAAUAAUAGCCUUCACAGCCGGACCUCGCGUUUUUGAUAGCCUAGGUCGGAAGGUAUCGUCUCCAAUAGAGGUUGAACCGGGUUCUUUGUCUUGGUCUUCCCAGUUGGAGCGGACAAUUGCCGUCGGUCCAUUUAGAAUAUAUCGUGCUCCUGGCUCAGUUGCCUUCCUCAACUGCGGCUCCGCGCUACAGCCAAUCCUACCCAAAAGCCAGUGUUGGUGUAUCGACGAAUGCUCGAGUAAAUUUGUGCUUCAGAUAAGACGUCCGCAGUACUGGCGCAUCGAGAUCGCCGUCGAUGUCGAAAAGGCCCAGGCUCUCCGCGAUGUUUUUGAGAAAAUUUUGCAGUUUGAGAAAACACCAUGUCCGUUUCAACGAGCGUUUACGGUUGAACUGCCAGAACGACCGCAACAGUCGGUCAAGAAGCGCCCCUGGACGCCUGUUCAGCGGAAGCCAUCAUUACAGUUUCCACCAACUCCAGUUACGCCUGAGGCCGAACCACCGAUCGCACUGAUGGGGAAGAGGAGCAGUGACUUUUACAAGCAGACAAGCGGCUCGCCAGCUGAAAAUGCGACAACGCCGACUUUGCCUGCGAUUCAGAAGAUAAGGAGGAAGAAUAGUGCAUUCACCCAAACGGAAGGCUCGGAGGAAACUCCCACGCCGACUCUAACGCCCGCUCUGACGCCGACCCUGAAAGCGACUGUACAGGAAAAUGUGGAGGUGGAGUCUCUGUCGCAAGGCCCGUCGAAGACGAACAUUGAGCCCAAAGCAGAGGUACCAGACGAGGUCCUCGCCGUUGAUGCAACGGCUGCGAUUACCCGGCAGCAUCUAGGCUUUCAAGCCAGCCGAUCCGUUACUGCUCCACCACAGCUGUCACUAAUGACGCCUUCAUCAAAGCCUCCCACUGAAACAUGUGAGCUGGCAGAGCCACAGGCCGAGUAUACCGAAGAGCAGAAUUCGGAACUGAAUUCACCAACAGACUCCUCGGCUUCUUUCCAUAGCCUUCAGAGCUGGCAUUCUUCCAAGGGCCCGCUCCCUCCUUCACCACCACUUUCUAAUCCUAAUUCACCAAGAACGUUUCCCUAUCCUCAUGAAAACAUCCCGUUACCGCCACCCGUUUCCUCUAGAGUGGAGCUGGAAGAUAAGGAGCCCCCAAUGACCGCAUUGAGGCAGAGCUUUGUUGAAGGCGACCUGAGUCCUAUGAGGGCUCCUCAUGAGGAUGCUAGCGUGGAUGAGUCGAGCCUUAAGGACCAGUCUGUUUCCGUCUCUAGCGAUUGCGCAUCCGAGACUUCAAUUUCCCAUGCAUCCUCUUGUGAGGAUACCUCUCAGCGACCACACACACCGGCAACCGCUGCCAGUGCCUCUACGGAUCUGAGCCGCAGGCCUCGCAUUAGACAUCGCCCUACGACAAGCAGCAUCUCUGUCAGCCGAGCACUCUCCCCUCUCCCAUCGGCCGCCAACCUUUUCUCCCCUCACAACAAGUUCAGAGCCCUUGGCCGCCCUACGACCCGGCUCCAAGCUGUCAGCCGAAUCCCUGGGGCCAUCAUUCACAAGACAUGCGAAAUACUUCUUUCCCCUCCCAGCCAUUUGAUCAGCCUGAUGCUCAACGUCGCAGCGCGUAUCACAGGUGGCGAGUGGCGAGGGUUUGUAUUUGGUGUCGGCGAGUCUGGUGAACAGAUCCCCGUGCAUUGGGAUUACUCGGACAGCAGCGACACGGGCAGCACUACCGGCCGUUGCUGGGAGGUAAAUGAUGAUGACAAUGCAGAGGGUGAUGCGGCGCAGUCGUGGCAAGAGAGUCGCAUCUCGGCCACGGACGCCGGCAAGGCAACGACAGAAACUGCACUCGCCACCAAUGAAUCCGCUGCCGAUGAUUGCCAGAGCUGGGAAGUCGACUAGGGGCGAUUUUUCGGAAUGGCCGAUAACUUGCGCGAAAUUCCUUGAGUCACUACUGGGGCCGAGUCCCCUGGAGAGACGGAGGAAAGAGAGAGAGAGAGAGAAAGAAAAAAGGCUGGCAACAUUAUUGCGUCUCACUUUUAUUGAGGUAUGCCCGCCACCCUGUCGUUG